AAGAACAAACUAUUAAAAUGGCAGGAGACAAAGUGAAGCUAUUGGGAUUUUGGGGGAGCCCUUUCACGCUACGUGUGAAAUGUGCACUAAGCAUAAAAGAGAUUGAAUAUGAGUAUGUUGAAGAAGAUCUCCCAAACAAAAGUCCAAUGCUUUUGCAAUACAACCCUGUGUACAAAAAGAUACCAAUUCUUGUACACAAUGGUAAACCAAUCGUGGAGUCACUUGUGAUCCUUGAAUACAUAGAUGAGACAUGGAAAAAUCAUCCACUUCUUCCCGAAGAUCCUUUUGAGAGGGCAAGAUCUCGUUUUUGGGCAAAAUUUGUAGAUGACAAGUGCGUGCCAACAAUUUUUCAGACGUUUUCGAGUACAAGCGACUUAAAAGAUAAGGCUGCAAAGGAGACUCGAGAGAAUCUGAAGACUCUUGAGAGUAGUUUGAACCCACACAAACCCUUCUUUGGUGGCGAAAAAUUAGGCUUUAUAGACAUCACAGUUGCUUGGCUUGGCAUCUGGGCUCAAAUGGUCGAGAAAAUUGUAGACGUUAAACUUUUGGACGAUGAAGACACACCUUUGUUGAAUGCAUGGUUUAGAUAUGUUCUUGACUUACUUGUUAUCAAGGACAAUAUUCCCCCUCUCGACAGAUUACUAGCUCAUAACAAAGAUUUCCACGACCAGCUUAUUGCUACUAACAGUUGAUGUCUCUGACUCUCGAUAGAACAUGUGCCAAUGAACUUGGUUUUCCUUCACACAUGUUGGCCCAUCGGUGAUCCUUGACGUAUUGUUGGUGAAUAUCUGUCAAUAAAUGUUUCCCUUAUUUCGGGUAUGAAAUACAUUUUGUUAGUCUAAUAAAUAUUAAGUUUCAGAGCAAAACUUAGGGAUGAUAAGAAUAAGAUGCAUGUAAUCAGGAGUGUUAUUGGUACGUGAGUGCACAACAUUUAAAUAGAUAACAAACUUUAUGUAUGUAAGAUUGAAUUAUGGGGGUG